UAAAAAGGUCAUUUUCUCACGUUCAAGCAUUAUAGUACUUCUCAACAACCUUGUAAGAUCAAAUUUAAUUUUUUACGAAAACUAGAUAUUAUAAAUAGGAUCAAAGAGAUUGUUUGGUUUGGUCCAUCUCAAAGAAAGCAAGUUCAUUGUUCAUUCAUCAACCAUUUUCUUGUUCCUCUAAUAGUGAUGGCAGAAAAUUCAGCUAGCAAUGCAACCAAUGAGAUUGUUUUAAACGUAAACAAGGAUGUCUCUAACAAAAGUGAAGACUCAACCUCUCAUGCCACCGCUUCUUUCUUGCAGAAGUUGGUAGCUGAGGUGAUAGGCACAUAUUUCUUGAUAUUUGCCGGUUGUGCUUCGGUGUUGGUGAACAAGAACAAUGAAAAUGUUGUAACACUUCCUGGAAUUUCAAUUGUUUGGGGACUUGCUGUGAUGGUGCUGGUUUACUCUCUUGGUCACAUCUCUGGUGCUCAUUUCAAUCCUGCAGUUACCAUUGCUUUUGCCAGCACCAAAAGAUUUCCCUUGAAACAGGUACCAGCUUAUGUAGCAGCUCAAGUCUUUGGAUCCACACUUGCAAGUGGAACUCUUAGACUAAUAUUUACCGGCAAACAUAAUCAAUUUGUUGGAACACUUCCAGCUGGGUCUGACCUUCAAGCUUUUGUGAUUGAAUUCAUCAUCACUUUUUACCUUAUGUUUAUCAUAUCUGGAGUUGCCACUGAUAAUAGAGCGAUUGGUGAGUUGGCUGGGAUUGCAGUUGGAUCUACUGUACUUUUGAAUGUGAUGUUUGCAGGACCAAUCACAGGAGCAUCAAUGAAUCCAGCAAGAAGUAUAGGACCUGCUCUUCUACACAGUGAAUACAGAGGAAUAUGGAUAUACUUGGUGUCUCCUAUUCUUGGAGCUGUGGCUGGUGCAUGGGUUUAUAACGUCAUUCGGUACACGGAUAAGCCGGUUCGCGAGAUCACCAAGAGCUCAUCUUUCCUAAAAGCAGCAAAACCAUAGGGCUGACUUUGGUUGAUUUAAAGCAUGUUUGGUUUUCCCUCAGGAAUAUCACAUGUUAUGUUCUAACUUUUAUCUAAACGUGGAUAUUUCCAAGGGGAAAUCAAUAUGCUAUAAAGCAAAUUGCCUUGAAAAGUCAUUUAAAGAUGCAAUAACUUUUCAAAUUUUAAUUUUAUAGAUCACUAUUUAUCAAGGAUGUAGAAGGAAGAAUAUCACUAAUAGUAUACAUGGUAGCAAAUAACGCUAAUAGUAUAUCAUAAAGCAUAAAAUGUUGGUCUCCUUGUAUUCUUCUUCAUAUUAAUUUAAUGGAUUGAUUGUGGUAUUUAGUUUUA